AUGCAAUUUGAUGAUAAGCUUGGCUGCCAGCUUCUUCACGACGCAUUAAAAUACAAGGAUAGUAUACAGAGAACAAUUACAAGAAGCAGUAUUCGCAGCCGAACACGGCUCAAACAACUAUCUGAUGUCACAAAGAGACAGAUCAAAGAAAUCGAGCUCAUGCGUAGAGACACUCACCCCUUUUUUCUUCCUACUGAUUAUGACAAGGAUGGGCGCAUAAAAGACUGCAUGAGUGUUGUAGAGCGUACAACCCCUGGAGUUCGAUUUUCUGCGUUUGAGAAGCAUGCCGGAUAUCUCUCCCAGCUUAGUGAGCCGGGUUAUGCUAUAGAUGAUACCGACAGAGUCAGCAACAGAAAUCUCCCCGCAGAGACGUAUACUCAAGCCAUGCGGAUGGGGCAGCUUUCCACGUUAGAUGAAGAUGUGAUAAUCUCAAAGAGCUCGCUCCCUUUUCUCUCUGUAGCAGCAGAUUCAGGGUACAUACUUACCCGUCGCAUAUGUAGCCCUCUGAUUUCUGUUCGGGACAUCCGUCUAACCUCGUCUACCCAAGACUCUGACAUAUGGAAGCACAAAUCAGUUAGUUGUGCAACUACAACUACAACUUCACCCUCACAAUGUGCAGCCAGGCUUUCUGCAUUAGAUGUUAUCCUCUAUUAG